UGGUUUUUUGAUGAAAAAGAAAAACAAGUGGGCGUUGACUGUUGGUCAAAGAAAGAUAAGUAGAAAUGGUACUCCGUAGAAUCAAAACUGGCAAGGAAUGUUUGGUUGGUUGGUUGGUUGGUUGGUUGGUUGAGGUUGGUACCUUCAAAUUGCGGUGAGCUUUCUCCUUCAAAUCCAACUCAACAGUCAACAAAACCCGGUACAUCGCCCUUUCUCUCUCUUCUUUCCAUUUUUGAUUUUUUUUUUUUUAAUUUUUUUCUGCGGAGGAACAGGAGAUAAUCCCCCCCUCAGAAAAUCCAGGAAGUGAGAAGCUGAAUUAAACGAUUUUUUUGGUUGAAUUGAAUGAUUUUUGGUUGAAUUUGAAUGCUUUUUUGGUUGAAUUGAAUGAUUUUUUGGUUGAAUUGAAUGAUUUUUUGGUUGAAUUGAAUGUUUUUUUUGGUUGAAUUGGAUAAAUUAUGGUCGAAUUUUAUGAUUAUUUGCCAAAUAGAAUGACUAUUGGUUGAAUUGAUAAAAAAAAGAAAUGCAAAAAUGGGGAAUAUGACAUCAAGUGUGGCAGCAAAAUUUGCAUUCUUCCCACCAGAACCAGCAACAUAUGAUGUGAUAAAAGAGGAAGAUGGAAGAUGGGUUAUGUCUGGAAUUACAGGUGAUAACAAUGUCGAUGUUCAUCUUUUAGAUACUAAAAAUGGCAAUAAGGUUGUUGCCACUUUCUGGAAACAUCCUUUUGCAAGGUUCACCCUUUUGUAUUCUCAUGGUAAUGCUGCUGAUUUGGGUCAAAUGCAAGACCUCUUUAUUGAGCUUCGAGCACACCUUCGUAUCAACAUCAUCAGCUAUGAUUACUCAGGAUAUGGAGCUUCUACCGGCAAGCCAACGGAGUACAACACAUACUAUGACAUUGAAGCUGUAUACCAUUGCUUAAAGAGAGAAUAUAACAUUAAGCAGGAAGAUUUAAUUUUGUAUGGCCAAUCAGUUGGAAGUGGCCCUACAUUACACUUGGCAUCACGUAUGACAAGGUUAAGGGGUGUUGUUCUUCAUAGUGCUAUACUAUCUGGUAUUCGCGUCCUGUAUCCUGUCAGGGUUACACUAUGGUUUGACAUUUUCAAAAAUAUUGAUAAAAUUCGGCAUGUCACCUGUCCUAUCCUUGUUAUACAUGGAACAAAUGAUGAAAUAGUAGACUUGUCACAUGGAAAGCGAUUAUGGGAACUAUCAAAGGAAAAGUAUGAGCCACUAUGGGUAAAGGGUGGGGGUCAUUGUAAUCUGGAGACUUACCCAGAAUACAUCAAGCAUUUGCGCAAGUUCAUAAACUCGAUGGAGAAAUUGGCCAUCACUCAGCCACAUAAGCAGUUUAAUGAGGCCCCAAGUAUAACAGAAUCCAAGCAAUAUCGAUGCUUAGGAUUCGGUAGCUACAGAUCAAAAAUGAAAAAUGAAAAAUGAAAUGACCUCAGAUUUUUAAUUAUGUGGCCGUGGGCCGUGGGCCGUGGACUGUGGUGUGGUUGGCUUGUUAUCAGAAAGCUGAUGGGAAAGGUAUACGUAGCAGUGUUGCGUGUAUGAGCUUGCUUUUACAUUUGAUUUUGAUGGAGGUAGAGAUGCUGAGGAUGUGGUUCACUAAGCUAGCAUUGAGUUUAAUUAAGUUCCUGAUCGAUGAUCGAUGAUCGAUGUAGGUGUUGAAUGUUUGAUCCUGUACGUACGUAGUUGAAUGUGUAGCUUUAUCAGUAGGAUGAGCACAAGUUUGAUGAUCUUGUUUAUGUUGUAGAGCCACCAGGUUGAGUUACAGUACGUUCUAAACAAAUCUUAUAUUGUAUGUAUAAUGUAUAAUGUAUAAUGUAUAAUGUAUCAUGUAUCAUGUAUCAUGUAUCAUGUAUCAUGUAUCAUGUAUCAUGUAUCAUGUAUCAUGUAUCAUGUAUCAAUAUAUUUGUACAAUGUAUCAUCUGAAUUGCUUGAGUUCUAUUUGCAGUAUCAAAUAUGAGGGGCAUCAACUUUGGACUUGUGAA